AUGGCCGAACCAAUGAAUCCCAUUUUUAAUGUUUUUUCUAUUAUUAAGGCUGCACGUGAGAUGCCCUUAGGUAGAUAUAUUGUGGAUGUAUUAUUUCUUGCAGACAUCCCACGUCCAUCAGAUCAUUCACAUUUCAACUUACGCAACUUGCCGUUCUCUAGCCAUUUUGGAUUUUCUUACUGUUACUUAUGUGUAUUUAAGGCCGGGCAAGACUUGUCGGGCCAAAAUGCGGAAACGGUAGUGCGAAAAAAGAUAGUCAAACGAGGGAAACCAGAAUCGACGGAAGAGCAGAAAGAAUUGAAGAAAAAAAUCGAACAAAAAUAUCAGCUGUGGAAUAAGGGAGUAAAACAGCACGAGAUGAGAACCGUGAAGCUUCAAGAAAUGGCGAAGGAAAUCGAUAAGCCUCUAGCUAGGUAUCGAGACGAUGCGGACCUAGAAAGUUUUUUGAAAGUUUUGUUCGCUCCUAUACUUUGUGGCCGCCUGAUCAGAAUAUCCUCUUUAGAACUUCCGAAAUAUACUGGUCCUCUUCCACCUCCUAAUCGAUUUGGCAUUCUUCCUGGCUUUCGUUGGGACGGGCUUGACAGGUCAAAUGGUUUUGAAGACAAACUCCUUUCCCAGAAAAAUUUACGUAAAGCCGAAGAGGAAGAAUAUUAUAAAUGGAGCAGCGGAAAUUACGAAUAA